AUGCCAGCUAGGUGGAGGACCAAGUCGGGCUGUCUUACGUGCCGCAUGAGACGAAAGAAAUGUGAUGAAGGAUCACCGAACUGCCAGUCAUGCUGUCGCAAUGGCCUAACCUGCAUCUGGUCGCCGCAGGAGACGCCUGUGGGUCGUCACUGCAAUGCGCCUUCUACCCUAAAUAAUCAUACUCCCACCCUAAAAUAUCCAUCUCCGUUUGAUAGCCCUUCCAGAGAGUCCCUAUUUCAGUAUUUUGCGUCAACCAUGAUACCCCAAUUGCUGAUCCCUGGGACUCCCUUGGAUACCGGCAAUGAGCUCAUCCCUCUCGCAGCGCAAUACCCUUGCGUCAGGGACUCUUUUCUAGCCUGUGCGACUCUGUUUCUAUCUCAGAGCAGCGGCGUGCCAGCCCCUCCGCAAGCGUUGACGUACUACUCGGACGCCCUCCGUUAUACUAGACGAAUGAUUGAAGAGUCGAGGGUAAAUGGUACAGAAGACUGGCUGCUCUUGCAGGCUUUGUUGCUUUGUAUCUUCGAGCGCGCUCAAUCUGGACCGUAUUGUGAAGCCAUGUCCCAUCUACUCGGCGCAUCACGUAUCAUGGCACUUAAAGUGAGAAGUUCUGCAGAUCAAUUGACCCGAACCAGUCCAUUUCAGCAAAUGUGCGCCGCGUCCUUACUUUACCACGCCGCGACAACCGCUCUUCUCAGCCCGGACAUUUCCCGACUACCGGAGGGCACGACAUGGAAACAGCUGCAGCAGUUCAUAGAGCCCAGCUAUACCUCCCUCUUUGCUAUCCCACCAACGCUGUGUCGGCUCAUACUUGAAAUUUCUCGCCUCGCUCGUCGCACGCCUUUGAACGACCACGACAAACAGCUGGCCAGUAGUCUGCGCGAUCAGCUACAACCAUACCUGCCUCUUCAUCUCACUCCAGAUGAAACCAUCUGCAGCGAAGAAGGCCACGAUCAUGAAGCGGAAGAGAUCAAAAAAGCGGCGCAACUAUAUGCGCUAUCAGCGGAUAUUCUACUACUAAAAGCAACCAACCCAGAGCUCACAGCCAAGGACAACCGAGUCCAGACCCAAGUCAAGCAAAUCAUGAAAGUCCUGCAAUCCGACGUGCAGGGACUCUUCUGGAACCAGCAUUACUCCUGGCCAUUUGCGAUUCUCGGCUGUGUCGUUCAACGCGAGACAGAGAUGCUUUUCUUACUGGGGAGGCUGGAAAAGCUAUGGGAAAGAUCUCACUGGGGCGACAUUCAACGCACAGCCAACUUCUGUCGAGCGAUUCUCGAUUCCAGACGCCAGAAUGCCCAAUUUGCUGGGUCGCUGCGGGAUCCAAAGUCCGGAGCUCCUGGUUGUCCUGAACCGUUUGAUAUGCUGCUUUAUCCGGAUUGGCUCUUGCAGCUCACAGGUUGA